CUGUUCAGAUUAAAAACGUUAUAUAUCGGGUGUCUUCUCCUUUGCCCUGGUUAAUUCUAUCCGGUUAGUCACUCCAGAAAUGUUUCUGUACCUGCUUGGCCUUGUAGCUUUUUUGGUUCUGUACCGCUGGUACAAAGAAUCCAAAAGGGUUUCAAACAAGUCUGACAAAUAUGUCUACAUCACGGGGUGUGACUCUGGAUUUGGGCAGCUGCUAGCCAAGCAUCUGGACAAAAGGGGCUUCUGCGUGAUUGCAUCAUGUUUCACAGAAAAGGGGGAGGAGGAGCUGAAGAAGACCUGCUCCGACAGACUGACCACUGUCCACCUGGAUGUCAGCAACUCCAACAGUGUUAACAAAGCCGCAGCAUUUAUAAAGACCAAGGUUGGGGAAAAGGGUCUGUGGGCCAUUGUGAACAAUGCUGGAGUCUCUGUCCCCUCUGCGCCCUGUGAUUGGCUCACCAUUGAGGACUACAAGUCAAUGCUGGACGUGAAUUUGGUCGGGGUCAUUGCGGUGACCCUGAGCGUGCUCCCCCUCAUUAAGAAGGCCAGGGGCCGGGUGGUGAAUGUGGCCAGCAUCUUCGGAAGGAUAAGUCCAACCGGCGGGCCCUACUGCGUCUCCAAGUACGGGGUGGAAGCCUUCAAUGACAGUCUGAGAUUAAACAUGGCACCUUUUGGAGUGAAAGUCCUGUGCAUUGAACCAGGGUUUUUCAAAACAAACGUCACUGACACUGCUAUCCUAAGCAGAAACAUGGAGAAACUGUGGAAUUUACUCCCACAGGAAACAAAAGAGGACUAUGGAAGUGAUUACAUGGACAGAGUGAAAGAGAUGAUGAAGAAGGAGCUGGAGAAGAUGGCAGACGCAGACCUGAUGAAAGUGGUGAACUGCAUGGAGCACGCCGUCGCCGCUGUCCACCCUCGAACCCGCUACUCGCCCGGCUGGGACGCCAAGUUCUUCUGGCUGCCGAUGUCUUAUAUGCCGUCCCGCCUGGUCGAUUACCUCCUCAUGAAAAACUCAGUCCUACCAGCGAAGUCUGUCAUGCAGUGAACCUGAGCUUGGAAGGCUAAUAUCGCAGUUCAUAGAGCAGUCGCAUGCUACCUCCUCUUGCUGUUACCUUACAUUAUACGAUAUAUCCUGUGAUUUAUGCCAGUGAAGUAAAAAGUCCUCUGAACAGUUCUGUAAUGGAACUGUGGGUCCUGUUAACAGUGGAAAUGAUCUCACAUGUAAACACAAUAAAAAACACUUUAUUAUUUGCUUUGAAAUGUCAGUAGUCUGGCUAAGGAGUCCUGUCAUUGGUAACAUCUGCAUUGGAUUUCAUUCAUUACUAUACAAACCCAGUACAUGACUGUAACGCAUUAGGAUGUCAAGGUAAACUUGAAUUCAAAUACUGCUAUCCCAUUCACAGAAAUAUUAAAUAUCAAUCGCAUUCCCACAUUCGUU